GCAGGGCUCCCGCGGGCGCCGCUCCGGCCAUCAUCCCCACCUCCACCUGGGCGGGCCGGCAGGCAGACAGAGGCCUGGAGCCAUGGGUGACUGGGGCUUCCUUGAGAAGCUGCUAGACCAGGUCCAGGAGCACUCGACUGUGGUGGGCAAGAUCUGGCUGACGGUGCUCUUCAUCUUCCGCAUCCUCAUCCUGGGCCUGGCUGGAGAGUCCGUCUGGGGCGAUGAACAGUCGGAUUUCCAGUGCAACACGGCCCAGCCGGGCUGCACCAACGUCUGCUACGACCAGGCCUUCCCCAUCUCCCACGUGCGCUACUGGGUGCUGCAGUUUCUCUUCGUCAGCACACCCACCCUGGUUUACCUGGGCCACGUCAUUUACCUGUCCCGGAGAGAGGAACGGCUGAGGCAGAAGGAAGGCGAGCUGCGGGCCCUGCCAGUCAAGGACCCGCAGGUGGAGCGGGCUCUGGCAGCCGUGGAGCGUCAGAUGGCCAAGAUCUCGGUGGCGGAGGAUGGUCGCCUGCGGAUCCGUGGGGCGCUGAUGGGCACCUAUGUGGCCAGCGUGCUAUGCAAGAGCAUGCUCGAGGCAGGCUUUCUCUAUGGCCAGUGGCGCCUUUACGGCUGGACCAUGGAGCCUGUGUUUGUGUGCCAGCGCGCACCCUGUCCCCACUUCGUGGACUGCUACGUCUCUCGCCCCACGGAGAAGACCAUCUUCAUCAUCUUCAUGCUGGUGGUCGGCGUGAUCUCCCUGGUGCUCAACCUGCUGGAGCUGGUGCACCUGCUGUGUCGCGGCCUCAGCCGGGCGCUGAGGUCACGGCAAGGCCAGGACAAACCCCCAGCCCGGGGCACCUCCUCAGACCCUUACCCUGAACAGGUUUUCUUCUACCUCCCCAUGGGCGAGGGGCCCUCGUCGCCACCAUGCCCCACCUACAACGGACUCUCAUCCACUGAGCAAAACUGGGCCAACCUGACCACCGAGGAGAGACUGGCUUCUUCCAGCCCCCCACUCUUCCUGGACCCACCUCCCCAGAGUGGGAGGAAAUCCCCCAGUCGCCCCAGCACCUGUUCUUCCAAGAAACAGUAUGUGUAGGGGCCUGGGGCUUAUGACCUCAAAGGAGGCGUCCGCUGCUGUGGAUGCCCCCCUGCAAAGGCUCUGCAGAGAUGGCCCGGAUGUGGAUGCUGGCUGGCUGGCUGGAGGGGCUCAUUGCAGGUGGUUCUUGAUUUCCUGGGACUUUCCUGGUGACCAGAGGGCACUAUGGCUUCCUCACCCUGAGGCACUAACGCAGCCGGCCCAGGUGCUCUGGGACAAGGGUGUUGUGGGCCCUCUGGCCUUUUCACGUGGUCUGGAGGGACCCGGAGCCAGCAUGUUCUCCCCGACCCUUCUGGAAGAGUCCCCACUACCUAGUUGGUUCUCACAUCUCUCCUCACAGGAAAAGGCUGAUGGAGGCUGCUGGGUCAGCCUGGACCACACAGACAGCCUGUGCUGGCUCCGGCCCUGUCCAGGGGACUGGUGCCUUGUUAUCGUCACUCCUUCCAGUAUUUGUGCUUCUAAAAUAAAUAGGACCUG